AGAAUCAUAGGAACCUGCGUUUAUUCGGGAAUGGCUAAAGAAAUCUUGCUUACAAGGAGAAUCUCGACUUCUAAUCGAUACUUGUGUCUGCACAAAGGAGGACCAUGCGAAAUAAAAGAAGCAAGAACUAAAGAUUUUCCAAAUAUUGUGCUUAGCCUGUGUGGCAACAAUAAAUUACUCUCGGUCGCUUUUUUUUUUUUUACAUGUAGAUUACAUUGCAGUCGAAAAACGUUUUGGGUUAUCCUUCGUUUUAUCCACGAAAAACACGAGGCGCGAGCAGCGGACUCCUGCAAUUCUAACUUUUAUUCCUAAAUUUAGCACCAAAACGGUUUGUCGCGUUCAUUUUUUAUUUCGUUACCGAUCGCCCGACGUUGUAGGAUGGAAAUCUCAGGCCUCUAUUCGUCGUUGCCCGUCUGAUUUGAAUUAGGGCUUCACUGGCAUGGAACAUAGACAGUUUCUCCAUAGAAUACUCGCGUCAGCUCCAGCUGGCGCAUUUCGGGAACGAAAAAGGCCCAAGAACGAAAGGAGAACGAAGCGUUCAUAUUUCAUCCAGCGACGCAACUGAGCCUGCGAGCGCUUGACAACUGUGCCCAUCGCCGACUUGCGCCGGUCUUACAGUAUGCGAGAAUUUUCGCAACCAAGUCAGACAUGUUGCGCUCGAUUUAGGCCGGUUUUUUAUCCAUGGCAAUACCGUCGUUUAAGCCACUCGUACUCGCCCUCGUCGUGGCUGCUGUAGUGCUGGCCAAUCUGGCUAUCGUCGGACGACAUCGGCUCUUUGCAAAGCUUUCACCAUGCGACUGCAGUGCUUCCGUCGACCGAACCGUCUACCCCGGAGAAAAAGAAAAACUCAGCGAGAUGGACGACCUAGCUAGAAGGCUCGGCCGAAUCGAGGCCUACUGCAAGAAAUACGCCGGCAUCUUACAGGCAGAGAGCUCUGUGGAUCACUCAGCGAACGUAAGCAGUUCAAUGUGCGCACGUGACCCGCGAUCUCUGUACCUCGUGGACACCCGGCGCUUCGCAUUCUGCUCCAUCCCGAAGGCUGCCACGUCGAGCAUCAAGGCCCUCGUCCUACUGGCCGAGAACGUUUCCGCGGUGGCUACCGACGCCGACGGCAUCUACAAGGCCUUCCGGCGAAGGUUUCGUGUCCUGUGCCCCAGCGCCUACGUGAGGGACCACCUCGUCACCAACUACACAAAGGCUAUCAUAGUGCGACACCCGUUUGAAAGACUGGUCUCGGCGUACGUGAACAAGAUUCGCACUGCACGGCCAAAGAUCACGGGCGCCAGAAGAAUGUACAAAAGCGGCUUCCGUGGUAGUGGGCCCAACGGGACUUUCACGUUCGCCGAAUUCGUGAACAUCAUAUUGAACACGUCUGCGGUGACCUGGGACCCGCAUUGGGCGCCCUACACUCGUCGAUGCAGGCCUUGUACGAUGAGGUACGACAUCAUUCUGAAGGUGGAAUCGCUUGACCGAGACCUGGCCUCCUUGCUGCCAAGGAUUGGACUAGCGGGCUGGUCGUUCCCGAAGAAGAAUACAAAGACAGUUGCUGAAGAAUCCGACGCUGAUUCUGCGCAUUAUUUCGCAGAGCUCACGCGACAGCAGGUGCUUUUGUUGCACGCGAUUUACAUGUAUGACUUUGAGUUAUUUGGCUACACACUUAGCGGAUAUGCAACUCCAGUGCAUUGAGAUAUUUAAGGAAAGCUUAAGUACAAAAGAAAUAAUGAAGUUGCGGUGGAAAUGAAGAACUAGAUAUGCUUCUGUUGUGUUCAGUAGAGGGCGCUUUCGAAACGCGUGCCGUACCCCAGCCUCUGCAGAGAGUGCACGAAAUAAAGCCCUCCCGACUCUACCAUUCAGAUGGCAUGGUGACCCGCAAUACAUUUCAGUCAGUGUGCUUGAAGUGUGUAUAAACUGUAAUACUGACUACAUCCCGCGACGGUUCUGCGGGUACAAAUAUCGUCAUUUGGCAAAGGUAUUUGCAGUCCUUUGUAGCAGUUUAUCAUCCGUAACGUGCUGUUACAAUUCCAACCCAAGUACAAUGUAGCAUUACAGCCUAGUGAGUGCAGGCAAGGUUAGUACGCCUGUAUUUCAUUCUACCCAGGAAUGGCACGGUGGAUUUGUAACCAUUCUGACUGUGUAUAGAUGGCAAUGAGAGCUUGGUCGCUUUGACUGCGGCAAAGAUCUGAUAUAAAGUAUACACGCCUUUACCGUUAAAUUUAAACGGGAAAGCUUAAUUUGUCCGCAUUUGCUAAGUCAAGGCAAUAGCUGAGCACGAUUCCAACGGAACCCCAUUCCUGUAAUGUUGUUCGCGAGUCUGUUCUUCCUAGAGCCAGCACUUUGCCCCCAUUUGCCGGCGACACGCCGGUAUAUUUUAGCGAAAUAAUCGAUCGAUGAAAACUAAGUUUGGCAAGGCACGCAGGGGCACAAGCAUGUUCUACUCAAACAGGAGAUCCUACUUUCAGUUCUUGCUUUUUCCUUUCGCUGAAAUGUAGCCUUGACGAGAACAAUAGAUAGGCGAAGAUACGUUGAGAACAGCCAGCGCCACAGCUGCAAAAACAUCAAGCCGCAGAAACAAUUUCGAUCAGUUGAACGCUUAUCACUGGCAUCAAACGGUCACGUAUCUAGUGAAAUUCGUGUGGGCCAUGGCACUGAGUAUUGAAUAACAAAAGCACUCAUUCGAACAAAAGACAAUUUCAGCAAACCCAUUGUAAGAAAUAAUAAUAAAAGCAUCAAAACGCCUGCGGCUGCAAGCAACUUCGCAAGGACCCUGAGUUGACGAUGCCCUUGCAAGCGCUAGUUCCGACCUUUAGCCAUCUGUAAUCACCGGAUGCUUAAAUGAGAACGUUCCCAGAGCAUAUUAGAAGCAAAAAUAUUCAUUACCUCGAUGGUUGCGGCACGACUAAAUUACUCCAGCUACCGAAGAGGCAAACUCAUACUGGCUCAACUUACGCGUGAUUAUGUGACACGGAACCAUGCUCGUGCAUUUCACGCGUAGAUACUUAUGACUUCGUGAAGAUACUGCAACAAUGUGAAAUAAGCGACCUAAUUAGUUUUCACCAAGCAAUUACCCUUUUUCUUUAAAUGCAGCUGAGAAACCGCGGUAGCUGUGCUCCAUCUCACAAGUCGUUAGCUGCACCGUGGAAGCUCGAUGACUUAUUAGCCAAUAGCAAGGCCGAAUGCCCCUCGAGAUGGGCUCGGUCGCGCCGCGUCGUCUGCUCAUCGGCUAGUGAAUUCCCGGUAUUCGACGUGCAUGCGGAAAGGUCCUAACAUGUCAGCUACCGCCUUUAACGUUCCAUGUACCAAGCAAAAUAAAGCUCUCUAUUCCCGACAAUAAUAAGACAGUUAAUCUCGGAACUACAUUACGCUGCUCAAGUAUAUCACCGGUGUACGCCUCGUACUUUCUGCAGUGCUGCAAAUGAUUCGGGAGAUAGAGUACAAGUACCUGAGAGCACAAGUUGAUUGCUUCUAACCUGACUGGGGUGGCCGCACUCGGGUGAGAGCUAAAUGCAAAAGCGUUCGGGUGUCUGCUGUCAGUGCCCGUAAAAACCCCUCGCUGAUUCAAAUGCAUUCCGGAGACCCCCACUACGGCGUGCCUCAUAAUCAAAUCGUGAUUCUGACAAAUAAGACCCGAAAACUCAGUUUCUUUACAUAUUUAUUUCCCCUAAAUUCUGGUUCUGAGUCCUCUCACUACAAGCUAAAUUAAGAGAAUGUUUUGUUGGACCAUUAUUCAAAGAGCGACGAGGAAAUGACGAACGUAUCCGUUAGCCUACAUCAAGUAUUGGAGUCACGGUAUUCUGCAGCCUGUAUCAUUAUUCGAAGAAGCUAUACCGUGAACUCGUGCCAGCGCAUGCUCUGCGAAAGAAUGACUCUCCUAAAAUCAUUAGAAGUGAGUUCACGCUAUUUAUUCACGCGAUAUGUAAACACCCAAACGCCACGCAGUUACCUUGCUGAGCUCUUGGUAACUAAACAAUGCACAAAAAAACAAGAAAAAAGAAAACAGAAUGAAAUAAAUAUGUUCUGGUAUUGACUUUGAUUCAUCUUAAAACAACUGGGGGCCUAUGAGAGAAGCAGUUGUGAAGGGUUCCGGAAUAACUUGGACAAUGUGGAGCUCUUUAAUAUGCAUUUCAAGCGAAGCAUGCUAGUAUUUUUUUUAUAUUUCGCCCCGAUCAAAAUGCGGCCAUCGUCGACAAGAAUCGCACACAAGAUGGGAUGCUCAGCACUAGAAUAUCAUAGUCACUGUGCUAUCUGGCAGGUUUGGAAUUCAGAAAUGCAAAGUAAAAAAACAUAUUGCUGAAACACAGAACCAAAAAGAAAUUCCAUUCGCGCACCCCCUUAGGUAUGCACGCGAUGAAUUCUGAAGAAGAAAAUUAAAUAAGGAAAUGCGGGGAAUCGCGAGCGAUGGGCGAAACGUCACUCCCACUGGCACAACUCACGCUAUUUUCUCUUUACGGAAACGUAGAUUACACAGCUGUAUUUUUUUGUUUUUUUCAAACUUGGGCCUUAUAGGACCGCAAGCACUACUCCAUUGGCCGCACUAUGGCUUACGCUGUUCGCGCUCUUAUCUUGUUUCUCGUAAUGAGAAAUUCAGACGAAACAGCAAUGACCUGCGACGACGACGAGUGUUCUAUAGGUAAGUUUAUCAGUGAAUCUUUCUGAAAGUAUGUCGCACACUAUGGCCCUUUGCACUCCAAUAGGUUUCAAGUUGUAGAUGCUGUUCUUGAAAUGAUGCUCACCCAAUCUGAAGAAUUGACCUAGGAUAGAUUAGCACAGAAUAAUGUCUGCCCGUGCAGCGGUGAAGCUGUGCAGCGGUGGCGUAGAGGUAGAACACCCCCCUCGCGUGCAAGAGGUCCGUGGUUCGAAUCCCGGUGCCGCGCAAUUUUCCACCGGAUUAAAAAAAAAAUCCGCGUGUUGAUAAAAUUGCAUAAACAGGCCUGGAGUGUGGCCUGAUCCCGGUGACCAGAACCGGCAACGCACUCCCUCACCAGAGCAGGAUUGGCCACCCUGGUGCAGUACUUGGCCACAGCCUCCUAUAUGAACACAACAAUCAAACCCCAGCCCUCAGUCCCCAGCAGCUGCGAA